AUGUCACCAGUGAGUUCUACCUGCUCCGAACCACCUCCUUAUUCAACAGAUCCACCACGUGUUCUUGACCCGCCUCGGCAGGGGCAGCUGCGACAACAACGUCAACAGGAACAGCAACAGCAAGGUCAAUACCAGCAAGGUCAAGGUCAACAAGCAGCACUACAGCACCAGCAAGCCCAACUAGCUCAGCAGCAGCAGCGAGCAUCACAACUUGCUUACUACCAGCAAUACCCAACAUUCCCACAAAGCUACAUACCACAACCUCAACCACAGCCCUUCUACUAUCCACCCCAGUUCCAGACUAUCCACGUCCCCGUAUAUCCCAUUCCCGGGCCCGUCUUCUACCAUUCUCCCUAUGCAGCUCCACACAUCUGCCAGGCUGCCUUUCAGCAACCUCAACCUCAACCCCUCCAAGCUCUCACUUAUCAGCCCAUCCAGCCCCUUCCGCCAGCCCAGCCUCAGCAAACCCCUCUACCAACCCAACCCCAGGAUGUGCAAAAUAACAACAACAACGACAUGCAAAUCGUCCACUCCACACAAGCAGGCUUCAUCCCGCACCCGCCAGCUAUUAUUCCUGGGAUAUCUGGUGUACAUCAGUACCCGCUUAUUGUGAGGAAGGAGGGAGACGGUCCGCCUCCACAGCCUGUGUUUAUAGAUGGGUAUGCGGAGGGUUAUGACAGGCAGGAGAGGCAGGGGUAA